AACGAGGAACGGGUUUCUAGGCUAGCCACCAAGUCAAAAACCGAUGUCCUGAAACUUGCUGAAAACAAAGGAUGCUGGUGCUAUAGGCCUUCAUUGGCCAAUAGAGGUUUGCUCAUCUUGGCUUCACAAGCAAAUAAGUAAUUGAAAAUUCAUCUCACAAUGGUCUGUGAAGAUCCUGAUAGGGCAGCAUGAAUCAGAUCCAUUUUUUGAGGUGACACACUGGUCUUUAGGAAGCCCUACUAGAUCUAACAAAGCCUCCAAUCUGGUGCUGGCCAUCAGCACAUUGCAGUCAUAACCAGUUUAUGUUGAGGAGAUCCACCAUUAGCUAACCAUCAUGCCUUUCUCAAAUGGACCAAGUAAAUUGAAGAAGAAACACAUCAGGGUGAAGCACCAGAAGAGGAAACUCUUCAGGGCGAAUGAACCAAUCCUCUCUGUCUUCAUGUGGGGAGUCAACCACACGAUCAGCCAGCUGAGUCACGUGAACAUCCCUGUAUUCCUCAUGCCUGAUGAUUUCAAAUCCUUCACCAAGGUCAAGGUGGAUCAUCAUCUCUUCAACAAGGAUAACAUGCCUAGUCACUUCAAAGUGAAGGAGUAUUGUCCCUUGGUAUUCCGAAACCUGCGAGAGAGAUUUGGGAUGGACGACCAAGAUUACCGCGAGUCCCUGACGCGAUCACAGCCUGUGGCUGAGGACAACCCAGGUCGAAGUGGAGCCCGCUUCUUCCUCUCCUUCGAUCAACUCUUUGUCGUCAAGACUCUUACCUCGGAAGAAGUGGAACAGAUGCAUUCCCUUCUCAAACCCUAUCACUCUUAUAUCGUCGAGAGGCACGGGAAGACCCUACUUCCUCAGUACAUGGGUAUGUACAGACUGACGGUGGAUAAUGUGGAGCACUACGUCGUCAUCAUGAGGAACGUCUUCAGCAACCAUUUUCGCAUCCAUCGGAAGUACGAUCUGAAGGGGUCUACGGUCGACCGAGAAGCAUCCGAUAAGGAGAAGGAGAAAGAUCUACCCACCUUGAAAGACAAUGACUUCGUGAACGAAGGCAUGAAAAUCCAUAUUGGACAGGAGGCCAAGGACAAGCUCCUUGAGACCCUCCAGGCUGACACCGACUUCCUGACAAAGCUCCAUGUGAUGGACUACAGCCUCCUGCUAGGAGUGCAUGACAUGGAACGGGCAGAACAGGAGGAGCAAGAGGAAUUGGAGAAGGGCGUGGACGAAGAAGGAGAGGACAGUGGUGGGUCCGGUGGAGGAGAAGGGGGAUCGAAUCCGAACGAGGGAGUCCCGACUCCACCCGACUCUCCAUUAGCUGCACGUCUCCGCCGCAUUUCUUCCAAUGAUGGCCAGAUCGACCCCAAUAUCGACAUCUAUGCCGUCCCGAGUCAUGAUGGUAUGUACCGUAAAGUAUCCUCAUUAUCGGUCUUGGCUUUGAUGAAAAGAAAUACCUAA